AUGCCUUUCCUAGAAAUCUGCGCUUUUAGCCUCCGCACCGCUCUCCUCGCCGCCCAAUCUGGCGCUCACAGAAUCGAGCUCUGCACCUCUCCUUCAACGGGCGGCUUUACACCUCCCCUCAAUGACCUACUUACCCUAAAAGCCGGCUUCCCCUCCAUACCUGUAAACGUGAUGAUCCGGUCACCAGCCCCAGAUCUCGUCUACCAAUACAGCUCUGAGGAAAUGGACAUCAUGGGUGCUCAAAUCGAGGAGUUCCUAAAAACGGGCGAGGUAGAUGGUUUUGUGUUCGGGUUUGUAAAAGAUGGGAAGGUGGACGUGGAGAGAUGUAAAAGGCUACUAGAGGCUGCGAAAGGAAAGUGGUGUACGUUUCAUAAAGCGUUUGACCUUAUUGCGACGGAAGAUAUGGAGAGGGAGUUGGAGGUUUUGAAGGAAUUGGGGUUUCAUGCUGUGCUGACGUCUGGUGGAAAGGGGACGGCGGUGGAGGGGAAAGAGAUGUUGAAGCGGCUAGUAGUGCUUAGUGGGGGGUUAAUUGAUGUUAUUGUCGGUGGGGGGGUUAGGAAGGAGAAUAUUACUGAAUUGUUGGAGGGAACGAGGGCGAGAUGGAUUCAUAGUGCUGCAUUGGGAGAGGGUGGGUUUGAUGAGCAAGAGGUUGAGGCUAUGAUGGAUGUUGUAGAGGGUUUUGGGAGGGGAUUAACCUGGAAGCGGCCGAGUCGGUGA